ACACAGCCCUGCCGCAACGAAAAUAGCAGACGACGGUGUGCUGCGGCUGCGGCAGCUGUCGUCCCACCUCCUCGCGGUAUCUGUACGCACAUAAUACGUGUGUGCGCGGAGAGGAGGCGAUCCGUGUUCAUACAAUUUUAUCGAAGUUUUCUCUCGAAGCGCGAAAUUUUUACGACGAACGACGCGGACUUACUGCGAAAAUGGCCGAGAUAACGGAGUUCGGACCGAGAAAGACGUUUUUUAUACUUGCGAUCGUGUUCGGCUGCUUCACGGUGCUGUGGCCGAAAAUUCUGCACCCUAUGUUCAUAGGAAUUGUCACUCCACAUCACUCGGAUAGCUCGGUGUGCUGCGAGGUGAUAUUCGAAAGCGAUGUCACCGCCGUGGACAUCAUGCAGGAGAUGUGUCAGAAUAUAUUGAGACACCAUCCGAUUGACCCACGUGUGAGGGACGUGCUAAAGCUCAGCAAGCUGACCCCUCAGACCGCGAGUCUGUGUAGAGAGGAGGUUCUAGCCAGAUGUGGCAUAGACCUGUCUGCCUUUCUCGCGGAGAGGGAGAGUCUGGGGAAAACCUAUAAACAAGUGUUGGAGGAAAUCAGAUCAUUCAAUAGCUCCCUUUGCCUCAAAAUGAAUUUUGGUGUGCCACUGUCACAAUUAGGGAUACCUCAUCUUAUCAGAUAUCAUAUCUUGAUGCCACACAAUACUAUACCACAAGAACGUCGUGUUCCUCCUCAUGCAGGAGGAUUGCAUCCUGCACUGAGAGAGAGGGGAAGAGCCAUACCAACAUCUCAUAUUGUACCAAAAGUAAUGGACAGGACAUCUGACCAAGUCAUGCCAAAAAUGAGGCCACCCCUUGGUGGUGCCGGUCAUGUUGUUCCAGCAACGAAAGGAAAUGGCACAAUGGGGAUUAUCAUGCCUAUGUAUACAAUAGGAAUAGUCUUGUUUUUCUUAUACACCAUUAUGAAGGUUUUGAAAAAAAAUUCCGACAGCGAGAUUAUUUCGGAAUACCCAGGAGCAGCUGCCGAGAAAGAAUUUCGAAAAAUGGUAUUCAGUCCAGAAGCUCUUGCUACUGCGAUGACUGGAGGUACCCUACAUUAUCCAAGAGAAAGAUCACCGCACAGACCUGCUCCAACUAUUGAGGAAUUAAACGAUCAAGCGGCAGGAGACAUAGAGAUAGAUCAACUGAGACAACGAUUGGUCGAGACGGAAGCAGCCAUGGAAAGAAUCGUUGUCCAGAUGGGCAACAUAUCACGUUCAGUAAUGCAUAACUCGAGCUCACAGCCAGAAAUCAAGGAGGACACUGCAGACCAGGCCUCACAUAGUAGGGAAAGUGAAGAGUUAGAUGCAGUAGAGCAGUCACCAACAGUUAAAGUUAUGGGUAUGGAAAUGACAGCUAGUUGUGAAGGUGGACAGAAAUGUAGCAGACCCACUACUCCAAUUAUUCCUACACCAAGUAAUGUUGAAAGAGAAAAAACGCCACCGACACCUAUAUAUUUAGAGGGUGCGCUUCCACCGCAGUGUGAAUUACUAGUGACCGAUUCAGAAACUCAAGCUGAAAAAUCAGAGGACGAUGACGACGCUCCAGUUGUUCUCUCAGGCAAAAUGACUCUCUCUCUCAUCAGCCUCGACCAGAUUCCAGCUGAUUCGGAGAUUGAAGAACCAGAUAGUAAGAGAACAAAUGUCUUGCAUACCGAAAUGGAAAAUAAGGAAGUAAAAGAUAAAGAAUACAAGAUAUUGCAAAAAGAAGAUAAAGAAAUGGAAGAAGAGGAAUAUGAAGAAGACGAAGAAGAGGAUGAAGACGAAGAGGGAAUAAAACAAAAGAUGAAAGAAGUAGAAGACAAAGAAAGAAAAAAGAAAGAGGAAUAUGAAGAGGAGGAAGAGAAAGAAGAGGAAGAGGAGGAAGAGAAAGAAGAAGAGGAGGAAGAAGAGGAAGAGGAGGAAGAGGAAGAGGAAGAGGAAGAAGAGGAAGAAAAGAGCGAAGAGGAGGAAGAAGAGGAUGAAAAAGAGGAGGAAGACGAAGAGGAAGAAGAGGAGGAGGAAGAGGAAGAAGAGGAGGAGGAAGAGGAAGAAGAGGAGGAAGAGGAAGAAGAGGAGGAGGAAGAUGGAUACAAUAUGGAUAAAGAAAAAUAA